GGUAUUGGUAGCCCCUGCAUUUAGUGAAGGGAUGGAUGAUGAAGUUUUGUCAUCUACAUCUGAAAUCAUAUUAACAAAUGAAACUGAUAUGAUUUCAGAUUUAGUUGACUAUAUGUCAACUAUUUCUGAACUAAAUAUAGGGGAAGAAGAAUAUAAAAGAAGAAUAGAGGAUCUUAAACUUCGUUUGAAAGAAUAUGAAAAUAUUUCAAAUGAAGUUCAAGAUCUUAAAAUUAGUAUUCAAGAGCUUCAUAAAGAAAUUGAAGCUAGAGAUCAAAGGCUUCA